CCGGGCAGCGCGCAGGGACCGCGGGGUUCCCGCAGCACCGGCGGCAGCAGCAGCAGUGACGGCACGGCUGCCUCCCCGCCCGGAGAUGACAGAGGCGCUGCCGCCCCGCGGCUGCCAGGCGGCGGAGACGGCGGAGGACGGGUACUUUCGGAAGGGAUGUAAUCCUCUUGCUGAGACUGGGCGAAGCAAACUGCAGAAUCAAAGAGCUGUCCUAAACCAACAGAUCUUAAGAGCAGUAAGGAUGAGAGCGGGUGCAGAAAAUCUUCUAAGAGCAACCACCAACAACAAAGUCCGAGAGCAGGUACUGCUGGAGCUGAGUUUUGUAAACUCAGACUUGCAGAUCUUAAAGGAGGAGUUGGAAGGACUUAAUAUCUCGGUAGAAGUUUAUCAGAAUACAGAAGAGACUUUCAGCAUUCCCUUGGUACCUCUUGGCCUGAAGGAAACCAAAGAAGUAGACUUCACACUCCCCCUCAAGGAUUUUAUUCUGGAACAUUAUAGUGAAGACGGUUCUGAGUAUGAAGAUGAAAUAGCAGAUCUUAUGGAUCUGAGACAAGCCUGCCGCACUCCUAGUCGAGAUGAAGCUGGCAUUGAGAUGUUGAUGAGCUAUUUCCUUCAACUUGGAUAUGUAGAGAACAGAUUUUUCCCACCCACCAGGCACAUGGGAGUUUUAUUUACAUGGUAUGAUUCCUUCACAGGUGUUCCAGUGUGUCAGCAAAACCUGUUGCUUGAAAAAGCCAGUGUUUUAUUCAAUAUCGGAGCCCUCUACACCCAGAUUGGAACAAGGUGCAAUCGUCAGACCCAGACUGGACUCGAAAAUGCUGUUGAUGCUUUUCAGAGAGCUGCAGGAGUCCUAAGCUACUUGAAGGAGACCUUUACUCACACACCAAGUUAUGAUAUGAGCCCAGCUAUGCUCAACGUCCUCGUAAAAAUGAUGCUUGCACAAGCUCGAGAGUGUGUUUUUGAGCAGAUGGGUCUUCCUGGAAUACGCAAUGAGUUUUUCACACUAGUGAAGAUGACACAAGAAGUUGCCAAGGUGGGAGAGGUUUACAUGCUCGUUAACACUGCAAUGAAUCAGGAACCGGUGAAAGAGAACAUCCCCUAUUCCUGGUCAAAACUGGCACAAAUAAAGUCAGACCAUUACAAAGCUCUAGCGCAUUACUUCAUUGCCACCAUUUUGUGUGACCAUGAACUGCAGUCUGGUGAUGAUGAAGAUCAGCAGGAGAAAGCCUUCUCAAAGCUGUAUGACUACAUGCCCGAAGGAGUGAUUGUUCUCACCGUUCUCAAGGACAAAGUUCAGAGAAAACAAUUAGGGAAAGCACAUUUACGUAAAGCCAUUGUUUACCAUGAAGAAGCUCUGAGAGUCUGUGGUCUGUGCAAAAAGCUUCGGAACAUCGAUGUUCUUCAGGAGGUUCUGACAGCCGCUCAUAAGCGCUCACUUCUCAAGUACACGCAGCAAGAGACGGAAGAUGACUUUCUCAGUCUCAUCCAGGCUCCAGAUAUCCUUCCUAAAACAGAGCAUAAAAUAGAAACAAUCGCUCCUCAGUUUUCCAAGGUGAAAGUUAAAGACUUCUUUCACAGGCUGGGCCCACUGACAGUGUUCUCAGCCAAGCAGAGAUGGACGGCUCCACGUACCAUUCGCAUCCACCAUGAAGUGGGCGAGCUAGGAUUCAGCCUUAAAGGAGGUUCUCCAGUCCAGAUUUAUUGUCUUGAUCCACUUUGUUCUGCUGCAUCACUGGGCCUAAAAGAAGGUGACUAUAUUGUCUCGGUUGGUGGCGAGGAUUGCAAGUGGCUUGGAGUGAAUGAGGUGCUGGAAAAACUCAAAAGCGUGGGAGAGCAGCCUGUGGAGAUGGCAGUUAUCAGUUGCCAGGAUACCACCGCAUCAAUGCACAGUAAGAGUGCAACUUACUCUGUGGGAAUGCAGAAGACGUACUCCCUAAUAUGUUUAGCUAUGGAAGAGGACAAGAUUGAUCAGACCAAGAAAGCCCCAUUGAAACUGCCCUUCCUAAGCUGGGGAGCCAAAAAUAGACAGAAAGCUGCAAGCACCCUCUGCCUGCCUUCAGCUGUAGCAGGAAGCUCUCCGAUUAAAAAGAAGCUUUCUCCCUUCACGCUUCUGAAUACGGAAAGUUCAUUGUACUGA